AUGGUUGCAUCAUCAUUGCUCGCAAUUAUACAUUCGAAAUUACCAGCUGUUUCAUAUAACGUUUUGAACUACGUUUCAUACAAAUUUAAUAAUAGUAUGAAAAAGAAUGACGAAAAUGGAAUCAUAUGUGCUUCUAUUUUCUUUACUUCUCUCUACAGAUUUUAUAUAAUUUCUCCAAACAUUAUUUUUUCAUUAUUAUUAGGACUUCUUGGGUUCAAAAACAAAUACAUGCCAAUUGUAAUCGAGAUUUUACGUCUUUGCGCUCCGAUUUUGGACCAAGAAAUUCCGAACGAGUUUACUAACAUAUUUACACAAAUAAUAAGGAUGGCAGACCCUAAAUACGACACAGAGAUACAGAAAUUGACACGUUGGAGAGCUCAAGGAUGGGCUGGUCGCGUAUAUAGCAAAGAUUACUACUCAUAUUCGAGAAUUCCUUACAGACUUAACGCCUUAGAAGAAUACGGAGAUCCUCUCAAUGAUUUUCUCAUUGAAGAAAUCACGGAAGAUCCAACUUCCAACUUAUACAAAGGAUAUGACUAUGAAGCAUUCGAUAGAGCUCAUGAUACAUACAGUACACAGAUAGAAAAUAUUGUUGGUUCUGUUAUUGACGAUAAUUUUGAAGAAAAUCAACAAAUUGUUCAAGAAAAUUUGGAAAAUCAAGAACCAAUUCAACCAGAAACCAUAGAAACAGAAGACAAACACGAAGAAGAUGUUGUUGAAGAAGAACAACAUGAAGAUGACUCAACACAAGUUGCAAUUUCGGAAAACAAACAAAAAACAGCAAAUUUAGAGUUCCAAAAGACAAUUUACUUAACAAUUACAUCAACAGCAACAGGUAGUGAAGCCGCACAUAAGCUAAUUAAGAUUCUGAAUGAAGAUGACAAAGUUUUUACAAGAUCAAAAGAUAUGGAGAAGAAAACUCUCAUAAAACCACAUAAACAGAUCCUUAUUGAGACGCUUAUUGAAUAUAUAGGCCACAGCAAGACAUUCGAUCGAAAUUUAGCCAGUAUUCCUCGUUAUUUAAUGAAUGCCCAUCCAGAUACACAAAAUCUGAUAGAAGAGAACUUCAGAAGGAUAUAUAAUAAUUGCGAAUCAUACAAAGAGAGCCAGAUUAUCAACCUUGCUCGUUUAUUUGCCUAUCUUUUGGCUCAUGAUUCAAUAAGUUGGGGAAUUUUAUCGAUAAUAAGGUUAACGGCUGAAGACACAAACACAGAACAAAGACUUAUGAUCAGAUAUUUAAUCGAAGAGCUCGCAAAAGGGCCUGCAGAGAUGUCAUCAACAUCUUGGCUGGUAAACAAGCUCAAAGAGCCAGAAAUUGAAGCUGCAACGAGCGGAAUCUUUUUAACAGAUACAAUCGAACACGCAGAAAUAGUUACACAGUUCUUUUCUGUCAUAAAUUUGGAAUAUCUUGUUGAAGGUGUUAAAGCUAAGAUAGCAAUGAUGAUGGCACAACCACAACCGAAUAUUAUGCUACUGGAAAAUGAUACCGAUUAUAGCUCUGGAUCAGAAGAAAAAGAUUUGCAAAAUAAUGUUGAAGAAAAGGAAAAUCCAGAACAAAAUGAUGAAGAAACAAAAUUAAGGAAUAUAUUGCUGGAGCAAAAACGCGCUGUAGAUGAAAGAAAACAAAAAAUUUUGAAGGAAUCUGAAUCUUCCGAUUCAAGUUCAGCUUCUGGAUCAGAUGAAGAAGCAGCAAAAAGAAGAAGGAAGCACAGACAUCAUCACCAUCGUCAUCAUCAUAGACAUCAUCAUUGA